AUGGCAACACGCCGCAAUGUCGCCGCGCAGAAGGCCAUAUCCGAGGCGCAAGGCGGUCCAUCAACUUCGACACAAGUCUCAGAUACUUCCCCAGCCGUGCCAGCUUCUGUGAUCUACAAACUUCUCGGCUUCACGAUGGCUAUGAUAUUUUUCCCAAUCGGGUCAUAUUUUCUAUCGGUCAAUCUUGUCUUCGGCGGUAAGGAAAUAUCUUGUCCAUCUGCGCCUGCUGUGCGAUACUUGCAUCCUGAUACAUCCAACUCGUUAGGCAAUGCCACAUAUGCUGGCGCAUUUGCCGCAAUCAUGGCUAACGUCGUCCUGGUUGCAUACAUUAUUGUUGCAAUGAAAGAGGACCAGACCGAUAAAAUAGAGGCCGGAAAGAAGGGAAAGAAAACCCAGUAA